GGCGGGGCCAUGGGCCGGGGCGGGCCCGCCAUGCGCUACAACGAGCGGGAGCUGCUGUCCCUGGCCCGCCAGCCCGCCGAGAAAGCGGCCGAGAUCCGCAUGAGCGUCCCCAAGAAGGGCAACGUGCUCAAGAAGCGCCUGGUGAAGCUCGUGGUGAAUUUUCUCUUCUAUUUCCGCACUGAUGAGGCCGAGCCCAUUGGAGCUCUGCUGCUGGAGCACUGCAAGAUCACCAAAGAGGAGGAGAACGUUUUCUCCAUCAGUUUCAUCGAGGAGCCAGAGAGGAAAUACUGCUUUGAGUGUGCCACGGAGGAGCAGUGCCAGGAGUGGGUGGAGGCACUCAGGAGAGCCAGCUACGAGUUCCUGAGGAGGAGCCUGAUUUUCUACAGGAAUGAGAUCCAGAAGAUGACAGGGAAGGACCCCCUGGAGCAAUAUGGGAUCUCAGAGGAAGCUCGAUUCCAGCUGGGAGCACACAGGGAGCUGUAACCCUCCCCUGCUGCAGCUCCCCACACCGACCACCUGACUUUUUUAUUUAUUACCCAAUCAUUUUGUAUUUUUUUAAAGGAAUUCCUUGCACAUUCCCAGUGCCCCAGCUGGGGGGGCUGAGCUGUUCUGGGGGUGCUGCAGUGGGAGUAGAGCCCCCAGGCCUGGGGCUGGCAGAGCCCCCAGCUCCUCCAGGCCAUGCUGGGCCCAGCUCCCCCCUCCUGCUCAGCUCCCCUGGCUCAGGAUCCUCCUGCAGUCCCCCAGGCCCAUCCCUGGGGUAAGAGGAUGUGACUGAUGCAUUUCUGGGCUCCACAUUAACCCCCUCCUGCCCUCCAGGGACGAGUGGGAAUUCCACAGCUCCAGCUGAUGGAGAGAAGCAUUGCAGCCCUGUGCAGCCUUUUGGGGUCUUCCUUUCCCUCCCCUGCAGUUCCUGGGGGCUGGAUGAGCCCAUCCAAAAGGACAAAGCUGCAGAGCAGGAGGGAACAAAGGCAGGGAGGGAUCCCUGUGUGAUCCUGCCUGCCUGCAGAGCUCUGCAGUGAUCCAGAUGGAGGAGCUGGCAAAGGCAGGAGCUGCUCCCUUGGCUGGAGGAUGGAGCUGCUGGACAUGCACCAGCACAGCCAGGCAUUAACCCUUCAUUCCCUGAGCCACUGCUGCAGCUUUUCACCCCUCUGUGUGUCCCAUUUGUCCAAAGGGACAGACCAAAAACUGUGCCAAGGUGCCAUGAGCUGCCAGGGAAGCAGGGCUGCAGGGAGGAGAUCAGGGUAGGAACAUCCCCAUAGGAUCAGCCCUGGCUCUGCACCAAGGAAAACUGCCCAGACAUGAGGGAUGAGGACACUCCCCACACCCAGGGCUGCUGCAGACCCGGAUUCCCGACUGCCUGAGCAGCUUCCCUGGACCCAGCCUGGGAAAACUCCCAGGAAAACUCCCAGGAGAGGCCUCUGGGAAGGUGCCAGGGGUCCCUGUCUGAGGCUGCUGGCAGCAGGAGGGGCUG